CGAUUGGACGCUCUUGUCAACCGAAUGUCUGGAAGGCCAGACGAGGGCUCUUUCGCCGGAUUUUUCUGGGUUUACUUUAAGCUCAUGUUUCCCAACAGUUAUCCCAGCAACAGAGCCACGUGGUUUCGGCUGCUGAUGGGCGUCUGGCUUCUGGCCCUGGUGGUGCUGAUGGGUCUUCUCAACUGCACGCUCACGUCUACCAUGCUCGUGAGAAAGACCACCGACUACGUGGACAACUUCGAAGACCUCGUGAGGUUCCCCAAGACCCUGAUAGCCACCGAGAAGCUGACCUACUUCGAAGCCAUCCUCAAGAAUCCAGUCGGAGAAACGUUCAAAAAGCUGAGCAGUCGCCACGAGCAAGUGAUUGGCAUCUACCAGGCUGGCCCUGUCCUGGACUUCGUGAUGCAGCAGGUGCUCAAGAAGGAGCGCGUCAUGAUCGGCACUGACGUCAUGCUCAAGUCCCACAUCGCCGACAACUUUGUAAGGACGGGGGAGUGCAAGCACCACGUGACCAGAGGCACCGCAGGCAUCAUGCAGAUUGUCAUGCUGGUCCGGAAGAGCCUGCCCAGAGAGUUCAAGCGGAAGCUGGACAGAUACGUGACGUCCAUCAACCAGUGCGACAUCUACCACAAGGAGAUGGAGUGGAGGCUGAGGAACUACACGCGGUGCCAGAACGAGAUGGACGACGCCAUCAAGCCCCUGGGCAUGAACGACCUUCAGGGAGGGUUCCUGCUUCUCGUCGUCGGUCUCGGCUCGGGAGCCGUGGCCUUUGUUGGCGAACACCUGGCGAGGAACUCUCCUCCGCCUCGCCGAGCAGGAAACGCUGGACGAAGGCGCAGGUGUGGCUUGGUUCUGCUGCAGAAAAAGCAGACUGAAGGAUACAAAUAA